GCCGACAUGGUCUCGGAGCACAUGCUGCGCCUCUACGACCGCUACCGCGGGCGGCCCGACGACUCGGCGCCUGGCGCUCCGCAGGCGCUCCACCUCCGCGAGGGCAACACGGUGCGCAGCUUCCGAGCGCUGCCGGCAGGGAUUCCCGGCAACAAAGAAGUUCAUGUUUUCAACCUGACCUCCCUCACAAAGUCCGAGAACAUCUUGUCAGCUCUGUUGCAUUAUUAUGUCGGGGAUUUCCAAAACGGUAGCGCCAGUUGCCCUCGUCUCAAGGGCUGCUCUCGACAUGGGCCCAGGAAGCUUGAUGUGCAGAUCAACCUCUCCUUGCUGAGUUUUCCUCCGUCGGGAAAUCAGACUCGGACCUUGGGACACUACUCAAUCAACAUCUCCACUGCUUAUCGGGAUGUCCUUUCUUGGCAGUGGAAGAACAUCACUCACGUCUUGAGUAAGGCCAAACAGAAUAACGAACUGGUCAUCGGGGUCAAAAUGGCCCCCGCUGGCCGCCAUUCUUGGAAGAGGACGCACCCCACUUAUGAACCCUAUAUCCUUGUCUAUGCCAACGACUCCGCCAUUUCGGAACCAGAGAGUGUAGUUUCUAGCUUGCAAGGGCACUGGACUCCCCUGCCUGGGGGGUUCUCUAAAUUUGACAGCCAUUCAAAAGCUGACCGGGGCGAACGGCGCGAAAAACGCUCUGCCAGCAUCCUCCUGCCUUUGCAGAACAACGAGCUUCCAGGGUCCGAGUAUCAAUACAGCGAGGACGAAGGAUGGGAAGAGAGGAAACACUACAAGACGCUCCAGCCACGGCUGGCCGAAAGGGCCAAGAGCAAGAAAAAGCAGAGGAAAAAUAAUCAUCAAAAGAGCCAGACGCUCCAGUUUGACGAGCAGACCCUUAAAAAGGCCAGGAGGAAGCAGUGGAACGAGCCACGAUAUUGCGCUCGCCGCUACCUCAAAGUGGAUUUUGCCGAUAUUGGCUGGAGCGAAUGGAUUAUUUCUCCUAAAUCUUUCGAUGCGUAUUAUUGCUCAGGUGAAUGCCAGUUCCCUAUUCCAAAGGCCUUGAAGCCAUCCAACCACGCCACCAUCCAAAGCAUCGUGAGAGCUGUGGGGGUCGUCUCUGGGAUUCCCGAGCCGUGCUGCGUCCCGGACAAGAUGUCCUCUCUCAGCAUCUUAUUCUUCGACGAAAACAAGAACGUGGUACUCAAAGUCUAUCCCAACAUGACAGUGGAGUCUUGCGCGUGCAGAUAACACCCUCCCAGAGCCUACAGAGCCUUCUUGACAUCUAUUCUCGCGUCCCUGCUCGUUGACUUUUUUGCUUUAUGGCUCCCCAGACACACACACACGCACACACUCGCAGCCCGUUUUGCGCCGCCAAUGCAUUUCAUUCUCCAGAGUUUUCGAAACGAGUACGAAUGAAUGGAAGAGCAGAAGGCGAGAAGGAACAGACCCUUUACAUUCCAGAAGAUGGAAGGACCUGACCGUAAUUUUCUUACUGUGAGGAUAUGAUGGUGGGGAAAAUAUGAAAGACAGCAGCAGCACUAGUAACAAACUGUUUCUAUUGCAAGAUGUUCGUUGGGGGGAAAUAAGACAUCUGCAAAGCAAAGAACUUGAUUGAGAUGACUUGAAGGUUGUCCGGAGGACCCUUUCGGAGAAAGCUUUCUAAACCACCGGCAUUGCUUGGGCUUUGCCCAUUCUUCUAAAGACUCUCUUCUGGAGAGAGAUUCAUAA